AUGAAUAUAUCCGGGAACCGUAGUGGGGAAAAAAGAAAAGGCAAAUGCAUAAGGAAACAGAGACGGAAGAAGAAAUCGUACGGUGCCCGUGAGGUUUCAGCGUCGCUUGAGCAAAUGGUCAGUGUUGGUACUGAUCUUGCCUCCAUCGCAAGAUCAUAUAAGAACGAUGUGAUGUCAGUUGGCGACUGCGUGAAGGAACUACUGUCUUCGGGGCAUGUCCAGACGGGUGACGAGAUCCACCUCUUUGCACUGUGGUUCUUACGGGAAAAAGACAAUCGAAAAUCGUACGCGGCUGCUGAGACACCUUACUUGCGUUUUAAGUUCGUUGAGUACUGCUUCGAGAGGGACAAGCAGUCACGACCGCGUGACGUGUGA